AUGCGGUUACAUCCGCUCCUCAUCUGGCUAGCCUGCCCGUUGCAAUCUCCACCCUCCCUCAACACCAAUAACACGGCCAACAAACUGUGUUAUUAUUCUUUCCUCUCCCUCCCCCGGCGACCGCUUUGGGCCCUCCUGCUGCUUUGCGCUAUCGUGCAGCCGCCUCCUUUACCGUUCCCGCGCCCAGUUGCAUCAUCGAGGCCCGCAGCCUCAUUUCCUUUCCCCGAGGCGUUCACACUGCUCACAACUGCAUCCACUCGCUUAUCGAUUCCCUCUCCCCGAAGAACAGCCUCGCCAGUGUCCGCCAAGCAAAUUACAAGACCCGCAUUGAUUGAUGUCUCAUUUCCCAUGCCGAGCCCCAUCCCUCGACAUCAGCCCACGCCCUCUCCGCUUCGUAUCCCGCUACUCGCUGAAACAAGUAGACAGGUAUGA